UCAAGGCCCGCCCCUGUGGCUUCGCCAUUGGCUGAGGGGAGGCCUUCCGGUGUCCCACUUCCGUUUCUUGCUGCGCGGACUGGGAGUCGCCGGGGUCGGUGAAGGAUCCAAGAUGGCGGGGCGCAAACUUGCUCUAAAAGCCAUAGACUGGGUAGCUUUUGGAGAGAUCAUACCCCGAAACCAGAAGGCCAUUGCCAACUCCCUGAAGUCCUGGAACGAGACCCUCAGCUCCAGGUUGGCCACUCUCCCCGAGAACCCCCCAGCUAUCGACUGGGCCUACUACAAGGCCAAUGUGGCCAAGGCCGGCUUGGUGGAUGACUUUGAGAAGAAGUUCAACGCCCUGAAGGUCCCUGUGCCCGAGGACAAAUACACGGCCCUGGUGGAUGCUGAAGAAAAAGAAGAUGUGAAAAGCUGUGCAGAGUUCGUGUCUCUCUCCAAGGCCAGGAUUGAGGAAUAUGAGAAGCAGCUGGAGAAGAUGAGGAACAUAAUUCCCUUUGACCAGAUGACCAUUGAGGACCUGAACGAAGCCUUCCCAGAAACCAAACUGGACAAGAAGAAGUAUCCCUAUUGGCCUCACCAGCCCAUCGAGAACUUAUAAAACCGCGCGAGGAAGCCCUGGCCCUCAUGUUCCAAACCCUGGACGUUAAAAUAAAAUGUACACAGUUCUGUGCA